UGCUAGCUCCCCUGAUCUGCGCGGUGGCCAUGGCGGCGGCGGCGGUUCACCCUAGGGGAGCCAAGAAGACGAUAUCUCCCGAUGUCGACCGGAUCAGCCUCCUACCCGACGAGAUCCUCGGCGCCGUCAUCUCCUUCCUCCCCACCGAUGCCGCCGCGUGCACCGGCGCCCUCUCCCGCCGCUGGCGCCACCUCUGGCGCUCCUCGCCCCUCGACCUCGACGACCGCCACAUCCCCGGCCCCAGGGACUGCCCCGACCGCGCCGGGGCCGUCUCCAAGAUCCUCUCCGAGCACCAGGGCCCGGUGCGCCGCCUCCGCAUCGAGAGCAUCGGCGACCCCGACCUCGGCGCGUGGCUGCGGUCCCCGGCCCUCGACAAGCUCCAGGAGAUCGACAUCGAUGCGCCCAGGUACUCCGAUCCGCUGCCGCUGACCACGCUCCGCUUCGCGCCGGGCCUCCGCGUGGCCAGGUUCGUCGGCUGCUCGUUGCCCGGCGCGCUGGACGUCGUGGAUGCGCCGGCGUUUAGUUUCCCGCGGCUGAAUCAGCUCGCCCUGGUCUCCAUUUACAUGCGGGAGCGCGCCCUCCAUGGCCUUUCACCAUGCCGUACAUCACGGUAAUCUCGGCACCAAAGCUGGAGAUCUUGGGCUCAUUGGUAGACGACUUCUCUAGAUUCAGGCUACCGUCCACAGUUUCUCAGGAAAUGGUUGCUGACAACUUGAAAAUGUCGAUGCUCAGUGUGAAGGCUUUACAUCUCACAUCUUGUGGCCCUAAUCUCAAUUCAGUCGUUGUCUUCCUCAAAUUCUUUCCAUGCUUGCAGAAGUUGUAUAUCACGACAUCUCCGCAGUCGGCCAUGGAAAAUGCGUAUCAGCUUGACCCACAAGAUCCUAUUGAAUGCCUUGACCAUCUCAGAGAAAUAGUGUUGCAGUGCUACGUGGGCAAAGAAACAGAUGUUAACUUUGCCAAGUUCUUUGUUCUGCAUGCUAAAGCACUCGAGUUGAUGAAAUGUGGUGUCAAUGAUGUAUGCACAGAGGAAUGGAGAGCUGAUCAGUACAGGCGUCUGCAGUUUGACUGUAGGGCUUCUCAGAAUGCUCAGUUUGAUUUUAGAUCUGAUUUUAGCCGUAGAAUUGCUAUAUGUUUCCAUGAUAAUCAGAUCCUGUCCAUGGCUGAUCCCUUUGAAAGCUCUUGCAUGCUUUGUAGAAAAGGUUGGUCAGUUUGAUGCUCCCAUGGUAGAUUUUCCCAUCUUUUCUUUUGU